AAAUGUCAGGUCAGUAGUGUCAGUCAAGUAGAGAAUGCUUAUGUUUAGCGUUUUUCAGUUUUCUGUGUGAAUAAAAAUCAAUAUUUUGUGGUGUAUCGAGAGAUUCGGUCGGAGAAUGUACCAAUUAUAGCAGUGAUAUUUAGUAGUUCAAAGUUAUAUAAGCAAUAGUAAAUAUAAUGGACGAAGCAAGCGUGCCUUUACAUUUGGAGCCGAUGCAGCCCAAAGACCUCUGCGAGAAGAGGCUGUGGAUCGGCAACUUGGAUACUAGGGUUAAUGAGUAUCAACUACUGAAAAUGGUCCGCGUGUACGGCUCUAUCGAGAAGUUCGACAUGCUGUUCCACCGCAGCGGGCCCGCGGCGGGGCAGUCGCGCGGGUUCGCGUUCGUCACGUACCAGAGGAGGCAGGACGCCGUGCUGGCCAUGAACUCGCUUAACGGACAGCUGUUGGGCUGUAAGAAGAUCUGUGUUAAGUUCGCUAAGAACACGGCGGAAGAACAAGAACGGCCUAAACCCGAACUAGGCAUACCGGCUCUCUCCGGAGCAAAGCCAGAACUAAAGCUAAGCAAAAAGACCGCCAUUCAAUCCAUCGAGGCCAAGCUGAAGAUGAUGGAAAACAUGAAGGCCGGCGACGACUUCGUCAUCAACAAGCUAGCGGCCAACGAAGCGCCCAUCAUUAAGCAGUAUCAGACCAAGCAGCAUCAACCGCAGAAGUCUGGCGCGACCUUUAGACGGCGGCAUCCUUACCAUAGGAAAAGAUAAAUCAUGUUUAUUUAUAUUUGAGGGAUUUAUGCAAGCACUUAUUGCUUACGUCAGUGGGGGGGGGGGGGGGGGGGGACAUUCCUCCUUUCGGCUUUUCCCGGCUCCGUUGGGCUCAGCAUUGCACAUUGCUACGAGCAAUUAUUAGGGUUGGCACAACCUGACGUACGUUCACGACCACACCACCACCUAAUGACUUGAAUUUUGACAACCCUAAAUGACAGAAAGGGAUAGUACCCUAUACUAGAAAGGGACAGCAUAAUUCGUCCCUGAAUCGUUGUCAAACUUCGGUUUUGUAGGAAGUGUCAUUUCUGUACGGUAGUACUAUUAUUUAUUCUGUGCUUACGUCAUAGAUGUUAUAAUUUGAUAAAUGCAGUGUUUAAGCCCUGAAAUUCCUUUGCGAUUGCCUUUAUGUCAAAAGAUUGCCGUGCCCAAGUUAUUUAAACAUUUGUAGGGCGUAAUCUUUGUAAAACAGAAAUGACCACCUCGUGACGUCAUUUUUUAUAAGCCGAAUUUUUAGGGCUAUAAAAUGGCAACGAUGCCAGAUGGGAUGGAUUGUAACAUUUAAAAAAAAGGUUAAUUCGUAAAUGAGACUAUAAGUAUCUUUUAAAGAGACUUAUAUUUAAUUAUGUAUUCUGGAAAAGUUGGCUUAUUACUUUUUAGUUGUUAAAUUUUGUUCAAAAAUAGUUCACAAAAACUGAACUGACUUUUGAAUGUCACUAAAUUGGAAGUAAUAUGUGUUUGCUGAAAUCCCUCUUUAAUAUAAAGUGAUGUAUUGUCGAAUAUAUAGAUAAAUAAUAGUUUGUUCACUGCCAUGUUUAACUUUGGCUUUUAUUCGAUAUACAAGAGAGAUUAGUAAAACAAGUAAUAUGACUGUGCAUGUCGAAUAAAGUCCCUGAUAUCCGCAAAAGCAAUAUUUACUCAAAUUUUAAUGUAUAACAAAUCGCUUUUCAUAAUUAUGCACUUAUAUCUCGUGUUGGCAACCUGGCUUUCGUUACAAUUUUACAUAUCCUAUACCGGCAAGAGGCUUUUUCAAGUGUUGUCACUUUAAUUUGUUAAAUUUUAUCGUACAUUGUCUAAAAUGAACCGAAUGUUAAUCUCAUAAUUUAAUCGUGUUUUUGUAACAAUUAACCCCCUUAUUCAUAAACGUCUACUAAAGUUGACAAGCCGCGUAUAUGAAUAAGGGGGUAAGUUUAUAAUUUUACACAUAAAAGUAGCUUUCAUAAAUUGUGUGUUAGUGUGGAAUCUCGCUUAAAAUUGGAUGCCUCAACCCAUUUAACCUCUUGAACGCCAGACGGCGAAGGAAUAUGCCGCGCCCCGGACGCCAGGCACACGCGAUUAUUUAAGCGAAACUGAACUUUAUGGAGUUCCGCGAAAUUUCCUAUUCAAUUGGCGAAGCUGUCGGCUGUAGCCGACGUUGGCGUCCUUGGCAAGACUUUCCGAUGACGGCCAGAGCCGACUGUGGCGGUCAAUAGGUUAAUGCUAAAAUAUUGUACGUAGUUUCCUCUCUACGAAGCAUUUUCGCUACACACUGGGAAAUUCAUGUCACGAUCGUAGCUUAGCAGUGAAGUUCGAAACCGAGCUUCCUAUCGUUUUUUGGUGUCAUGUGUUCAUUAUACUGUAGAUGUUUUGGAAAAAAAUGAGAAACCUUGAGAUUUCAGAGUAUGAAAUGUUAAUCGUAGUUCAGAAAAAUCGAAAUUUCUUGAUAUUUACAUACAAAUAUACGUGAUCGUCAUUUGAAAUAGUAAAACUAAUUAAGGUGACCUAUUAACACAGACCCAUAAUACAUUGUGUCAAACUUAACAUUUGUCAUAUAGAUUAAAUACAGUUAUUUUCAGCGAAACCAAUGUUUUGAAAACUAUAUAAAAGAUGAUUAAUAUGAUGAAAAUAUUACCUGAAAUUAUUAUUUAUUAGUAUGCAAGUGUAUUCAUUUUUACUCAUGAAUUUAACCCUUUCUGUACGGGGACUUGGAACGCCUAGCACCGCCUCAAUACGGGCAUGUCUUUGCGAGAGUCGGCGGUUAGACAUAUUUUCACUUACGUGUAUUUUCUGAAAUAUAACAGCUGUGCGGUUGAAAUUUAGUACACACAUUAAAAACAUUAUGCACUUUUGAUAACUACUCACUUAUUGCACUUAUAAUCACUAGUACUUUAUAUUUCACGCGUAAUAUCUCUCACUAAAAAAAGUAUAAAUGUAAGUUACUACAAGCGAUUUUAACUAUUGUUAGUUUUGUAAAUAUUAGUUUAUGAUAUUUUGAAUAGAACAAGGCCUUGAAAAGAUAAUAAUUAUUAACAAAAUGCAAAAAUAUCAACCGUUUUAGCGCAACAUAAAAACACGACUGCCAUUUGAAUAAAAUAGUGAAGUGCACCUAUCGAUACAGAUGUCGAUAUUUAUCUGUACUGCUCAAGGGUAAAAAUAAGAAAGUGUAGCAGAGAUCAUUACUAUUUUAAUCUUAAGAACAUAUUAUUAUUAUUUAUUACCAUACACUAUAAUAUAAUCCAAUUUUAUAACUUUUUUUUAUAAUUAUUCUAUAAAUCACGAAAUUUACAACUAUAACACUUGCAACUAGCUUAACUACUAAAACUCGAUGAAAUAUAAAACAACACUAUUUGCCGCCAUAUUGAGUUACUUUUUCUGCACUCGUGGAGUACGGGUGUCAACCCCAGUUGACAGAAAAAAUGCGGGAUUUUUAAAUAAAUAUUUGUUUUAACGCCAUCUACCAGAAUGUUUUGCCAUUUUUUUCUUUGAAUCUAUACUAAUGCUACUACUAAAUAUCAUCGUUAUUACCAACAUAUAAGGUCUAAGUUGGUUGAAAAAAAAUUUCAAACCUCGUCCUUGUUUCGAUCAACUAUAGUUGACACCCGUACUACAGUGAUGAUGCCUAAUUGGCAACUCUGGUUGUCACCCGUACAGAAAGGGUUAAGGAAUUCUUGGCACGGAAAUAAUAUUGUCUAAUUAACCACCGGUCACCAUGAUCAAUUACCGUUAUCCAAUCUAUACUAUAGGAUAGGUUCUUCAUGUUGUGAACAUUAAGUGAAGUCUGAUAUUAAUAUUUUUGUAUUAAGUUUAAUGAAUUUAGUAGUAAUUUGCUAGGAUUUUAGCCUUACGUGUUCGUGUUUAUGUGUUGAACGUUCAAUAUAAAAUUAACCCCUGA